AUGUCAAAUAUAUUAAGAAAGCUUCAUAUAUCUAAGCUGAAUAACAAUAAUUCCCGUUCUGUGCAAGUUAAGAGUAAUUUACUUGAUAACGUUGAGUCUAUGCAACAUAUGAACCAGCAAAAUAUCCCACUAUAUUCUGAUCAGCUUUCGCAAGUUGGUCAGACUUCUCAAGAGCUGACGGAAAAGCUAAAUAUAAAACAACAAAGAGCCAAUGAAGCAAUUGAGAAGUCUUUGUUGCCAGAGAGGUCUACGGUUUCUAAAGGAAAGUAUAGCCUUGUUGACUUUCAGAUAAUGAGAACAUUAGGGACGGGAUCAUUUGGCAGAGUGCAUUUGGUCCGCUCGGUGCACAACGGUAGAUACUAUGCCAUAAAGGUGUUGAAGAAGUACCAAGUUAUCAAAAUGAGGCAAGUAGAGCACACAAAUGACGAACGCAGAAUGUUGAAACUUGUUCAACAUCCAUUUUUGAUCAGAAUGUGGGGAACUUUUCAAGAUUCGAAAAACUUGUUUAUGGUUAUGGACUACAUUGAAGGAGGUGAGUUAUUUAGCUUGUUAAGAAAAUCGCAUAGAUUCCCUAAUCCAGUCGCAAAAUUUUAUGCUGCAGAGGUCACAUUAGCGAUAGAGUAUUUACAUAGUCACGAUAUCAUUUAUCGUGAUCUUAAACCUGAGAACAUUCUCUUGGAUCGAAAUGGACAUAUAAAGAUAACUGAUUUUGGUUUUGCAAAAGAAGUUAAUACAGUCACUUGGACAUUAUGUGGAACACCAGACUACAUAGCCCCAGAAGUGAUUUCUUCAAAGCCAUAUAAUAAAUCUGUUGACUGGUGGUCAUUAGGAGUAUUGAUAUUUGAAAUGUUGGCUGGUUAUACGCCAUUUUAUGACUCAACUCCGAUGAAGACGUAUGAGAAAAUUCUCUCUGGCAAGAUUCAUUAUCCUAGCUUCUUUGGAGCUGAUGUAGUUGACUUGCUAAGUAAAUUAAUUACCGCAGACCUUACGAGGAGGCUAGGAAACUUGAUACAUGGUCCAGCUGAUAUAAGAAAUCACCCUUGGUUUUUGGAAGUGGUGUGGGAAAAGCUACUCAGCAAGGACAUAGAAACUCCUUAUGAACCACCUAUAACUGCAGGAGUGGGUGAUACUUCUUUAUUUGACCAUUAUCCAGAGGAGCAAUUAGACUAUGGUUCAAUAGGUGAAGAUCCCUAUGCGCAGUACUUUAGUGAUUUUUAA